GUGCACAUGUGCGCACGCGGGGGAAUGACGCGUCACGUGGAGCUGGACGCUGCGUGUCCGCGCGCGCCGCACAACACCGCGAGGCGCGCGCGCUGAGACAUGGAGCGGUGAAGUGGCGCGUGACGGAGGUCUGAGCCUGCAGGUGCUCGCGCUCGCGCUGCGUCCCCUAAACAACAACAACAACAACAUCAAUAACAGCAACAACAACAACAACAAAAAUCUGCAGUGGGAUCAUUAUAUAUAUUUUUUUAAUUUUUAGCAUUAUUUAAUUUUUUUUUUUUUUUGGAAGAGCACAAUGCGGAUUCUCACGUGCGUCGUCACGGCGCUCGCGCUCCUGAGCCAGCACGUCAGCGCUCUGAGUAAGGUCUUCGGGGACGUGGAGCCGGUGAGGAUGACAUCGGAGGGCUCGGACUGCCGUUGCAAGUGUGUGAUGCGGCCGCUGAGCAUUGAGGCGUGCUCGAGGCUUCGGGACGGGACCCUGAAAGUGGACGAUUUUUACGCGGUGGAGACGGUGAGCUCAGGAUCGGACUGUAAAUGCUCGUGCACGGCUCCGCCCUCGUCCCUGAACCCCUGUGAAAACGAGUGGAGGACAGAGAAACUGAGGAAGCAAGCACCCGAGCUGUUCAAGCUGCAUUCCAUGGUGGACUUGCUGGAGGGGACGUUGUACAGUAUGGAUCUGAUGAAGGUUCAUGCGUACAUGAAUAAAGUCGUGGCUCAGAUGAACACACUGGAGGAGACGAUAAAAACAAACCUGAGCCGAGAGAAUGACUUCGUUCGUGACAGCGUGAUGAGUCUGUCCAAUCAGCUGCAGAAGUACGAGAACUACUCGGACAUCAUGGUGAGCAUUAAGAAAGAAAUCUCGAGCUUGGGAGUGCAGCUGCUGAAGAAAGACACAACAGACAACAAGGCACAGGCCACCGACAGCAAGAAGAGCAAAGAGGCAGUAAAACCCUCCAACAAAAAGUCCCCGGUGGUUAAACCUCCUCCAAAGCUGCCCAAAGAGAAACCCGUCAAACCCAGAAAGGAGCCUCCACCGCCCAAGACGCCCAGACCUGCGAAACCAGAGCCGACCCCCAAGAGCAAACCGUCGGGUCACCAGCCGGGGGUCAUCAGGGGCAUCACCUACUACAAAGCCACCAGGACGGAUGAGUCAGGGACGGACAGCGCAGCCAAAGGAGACAGAGAAAACACAGCCAAAACCCACACCGUCCUCCAAAUAGAGGACAAGGGAGGUUCCGAACUCGUCUUGGAGGCCAUCGAGGGCACCACGUCUGUGUCGCCAAAAACAACAAGGACAUCAACAACAACAACUGUCGCUUCAACAACAACUGCCUCACAAAUACAAACAACCACCAGCAGUGAGGAGCUUUUCACCACAGGUUCCACCGAGUCGGACCUAGAGACGGAGAAACUCACCAUCACCGUCACACCGUCACUGAAGAGCACAAAACCUGGCUCUAGCAAGACAGUGUACGUUAAACCUCUGGAGUGUGAGGGCACCAUCGCCUCGGUGGAGAUGCCUGAGAAGCAUCACAGCUACGGGCGUAACGAAGGCGCCUGGAUGAAGGACCCUGUCGCCAAGGACAACAAGAUCUACGUCACCAACUACUACUACGGCAACAACCUGGUGGAGUUUCGCAACCUGGACAAUUUUAAGCAAGGUCGCUGGAGUAACCUCUACAAGCUCCCUUAUAACUGGAUAGGAACAGGUCACGUGGUCUACAACGGCGCCUUCUACUACAACCGAGCCUUCACCAAGAACAUCAUCAAGUAUGACCUGCGUAUGCGCUACGUGGCAGCGUGGACGCUCCUCCACGACGUCGUCUACGAGGACACGACGCCGUGGAAGUGGCGCGGCCAUUCGGACAUCGACUUCGCCGUGGACGAGAGCGGACUCUGGGUGAUCUACCCGGCACUGGACUACGACUACUCGCAGCAGGAGGUGAUCAUCAUCAGCAAGCUGGACCCGAGUGACCUGUCCACCAAGAAGGAGACGACGUGGAGGACAGGCCUGAAGCGCAACACGUACGGCAACUGCUUCAUCGUGUGCGGCGUGCUGUACGCCAUCGACGCGUACAACCAGAGAGAGGGCGAGGUGGCGUACGCCUACGACACACACACCAACACCGAGGCGGCACCGCGGCUCCCGUUCACCAACGAGUACGCCUUCGUCACCCAAGUGGACUACAAUCCUAAAGAGAAGGUGCUUUAUGCCUGGGACAACGGACACCAGCUCACUUAUAAAGUUCACUUCGUGGGUCAAUGAGAGGCUCGGAAAACUGUUCCACCUUUAAUUCAGGAAAUCUGACUUUUCUAAGUGGGGAAUAAAUAUAAUGAAUAUUCUAAUAAUUGUACAAGGGAAAUGAACUCUUUUUGACUUUCAGCAAAUGGCGACUAAAGCAGCGCUGUUUAGUUCAUGUAGCAAAAAUGGUUUUAGAGCAUAACUUUUCUGGAAAAUUUAAAAAUUCAGGGUUGACACAUUAAAAUGAAUUCUGCCUGACAUUUAAAUUUAAAGAAAUGCUUUCCAACAGAAAAAAAAUACAUUUACACUCGCCCCAAAUGUAGUCGAUCACUUCUCAUUGGAAAUUUGACUUAUAUAAUUUGAAAAAUUCCUUUCCUGUAUUACUGAUAAACCCGAUUCCUUGUCGGAAUUUUGAUACAGCUCAUACUGGGAAUUUUUUUUUAAAUUUACACGUUUUCCCCAAAUUAGGUUUACACUUCGACACAGUUUAUAUCAGGAAUCAUACAUUUUUAGCAAAGCUACCUGAGUAUGAAAGAUGACCGUCUUACAUACUUUUUAAAUAAAAAUGAUGAUAAUACACAACAUUCUGAAGGUUAACAUUUUUAACCUUAAUAUUUUAAUAAACCUAUAAAACACCAUAUAAGAUGUUUAUGGUACUUGUAUUAAAUAGGGUGUAUCAGUGUAUGUAAAUGACUCAUUUACACUCAACUAUUAAUUUUGUAAAAUAUAAAUUACUUUUGCACUGUAAAUAUUUCCAGAAACCGUUAGCAACAGAGCUGUUUGUUAGAUCAAUAAGGGUGUGUUUUAUUUUGUUUUUUUUUUUACGUCUCUCAGUAAACAUUAGUUAAACUCCUGGAUGAGUUUCUAUUAGAUUUUCUGUUUUGUAUGACUCACGCAUGGAGGGUGAAAUGUUCCAUGUUUUCUGCACUAUAACUAAAAUAAACUUCAGUUCCAUUACCAUGGUGCCUCUAGAAUCUGGAUGUGAAAAUUUUUUUAUAGUAGUGAAGAAUAAAGACAGUUUGAGAUCA